GGCGUUAUAAAAUGGGACUGAGGGAGUAGUAUUGUACACUAUAAAUAAUUUCUCUUCUGCCCUACCCGACCCGACUAGGGUUUUUGAUCCAGCCCCUCUCCAAUCCGCAGCGAUGUUGAGCACCUCUCCCAACAGCAGCUUCAGAGAUUGUUGAGCACCUCUCCGAUCAGCAACUUCGGCCCUCUUCAUAUGGGCUGCCAAAUUUCAGUCCUUCCGUCGUCCCUCAAACUUCGGCACUUCCAAAUACAUUCGCCCGCCGCAGCUCUACGUUCGAAUCUGACGUCAGUUAUUAUCCAAUAUAAUUUGCCUCAUCUGGGCCGCUUCUCGAUUGAGCUACUCCACCACCAUUCAUUUUCACAUGAGUGCUCCACCUUCGCCACUUCCCCUACCUCCCCACGAGGCCAGUAACCGCCCACACCAGGCGCGUGGAAGAUUCGAUUUCCCUGUAUCGCGGCCGAUUUGGAGCGGCGUCCAGUUUCUGCCACCACCUCAUCUUCUUUGGAUUUCGGAAGAGAGAUUUUGGGUCAAUAUGGUCAACGGGGCUCGUUCUACAAACAACCCGGAAUUUCGCCCACGGAACGGUCGACUGUGCCCUAUUGGCGGUCGAUCGUGGAAUGCAUUAUGGAGGUCUGGAACACUGACGGUCCACCACGGUCUUCCGUUGCGGCUGAUGGUCGACCGUUACGGUGGUGGCCGACAGACGGUCAAGGGAUACGGUCCACUGUCCUUAGCGUUGGUCGACCAUCCCGUAGAUAGUCCACUGUCCCUUGCUUUGUUUUGAUCCGUUUUGUGAACUUAAUGCCUUGAUUCUUUUCAGAACAAUAAUGUAAACACUUAUGAGUAUAUUCCUAGUGAUUCCUAGGCCAUUAUAUAUGAUUUUUAUGUAGUGAUUGUUUUGAUGGUUAAUCUACGAACAUGCAUAGAUUCUACGUAGGUUGCGUACGAUAUUCCUAUGAAUAUAACGACAUAGAUUAUAACUAAAUGUUCUAGAAUUAG